AUGAAGGAUGGGGAGACGCAGAAGGCGGUUGCCGGCUCCGUUCACCCUUCGCCAGAGAGGCUCUGGGUUGGACCCGAACUAAGCGAGUGUGAGCUUGGCGAGAAGGGUGUCGUACACACUUUGACGGUGCGAUCUUCUGCACAGCCCAGCGCGAUUGUGGAGCUCACGCCUGGGAACCAGAGGCUUUGGGUAAGGCUGCCUCCGCACACACAAUGGGAGCAAGGCAGUGCGUUGACUGCUUGGUACGAGGUGGGCGAUCAGGUCCUGUAUCCAGGCCUAAGAGUGGAGCCACGGCCUCCGCAAUUCUUUACCUGCUCCUGCAUGGGCCGGGGCGCCUUAGUUUUCUUUGUGCUGACGCUGUGUACAUGUUUGUGUGUGCUGCCCUACGUGGUGCUGCCGCCGCUUGGCCUGGCACUGCUCAGCCUGGCGCCGGUGCUUGUUUUUGGAUCCUUCGUGCAAUUCUAUUUCCAAGUCUCUGUGAAAGUGUUGCAGAUGGUGAUCUCCUUCUUUGAGGCAAUCGCAUGGUUUUUCCCACUUGCCGUUUGCAUCUUGAUUAUAUAUUUCCCACUUGGUUGGCAAGAUUGGGUGAGCAAUUGUCAAGACACGUCUGCCGCAGAGGAGGUUAAUGUAGACUGCUUGGGCAAGAGAGCGAUACAAGCUUACCUUAUGACGGCCUUUCUGGAGGAGCUUCUGAAGUAUGUGUGUGUUCGCCGCAUACUCUGGUUCCCAUUUGUUGCAGACCCCUGGGCCUUGUGCUGCUACGGUGGCUGUGCCGGCUUGGGCUUUGCGGCACUUGAGAAUGCCCUGUAUGUGGGCACUGGCAGCUUGUUUACAGCUCUUCUACGAGCUGGCACAGCCGUUCCAAACCACUUGAUGUACGGGCUGCUGCAUGGCGCCUUCCUUGCAGAGCAGCGCUUCUCCUUGCGACCGUGUAGGGCAUCAUUCAUGCUAACUCCGCUGCUGCCCAUGCUGUUACACGGUAGCCACAACUUCUCAAUCGCCGUGUGUCAGUACGUCGACCUGUGGGUCGGGCUAGGGGCGAUGCUUUCCGUCGCUGUGUGUGCCGUUUGCACUUUGCGCGCCGCGCUUAUGCGAAUUCAGCUUCCAAUGCUCAAUGUCCAUGAGCUGAUCAAAUCAGGACUUGUCGAGGGCCCUUAUUGCUGCUGUUGCUGCCAAGGCUUCUGUGGCUGGGCAUCGAAGACGACCCCGCCCUACUUGAUACCUGUGCAUUCGCAAGCUGGAGGAGUUGUCGAGCCUCUGGUAGGAGAGGCCACCCAGAUCCGAGGAGUUGGCACCGGCACAUUUGAAGCAGCGGCGUUCGAGCCCUCCCUGUUAGCCAGCCUCCAGUGCACAUGCACAUCGGGCAAGUGGUAUUUCGAGACCGUCUUUGGACCAAUGGCUGGGAGCUGUCGAACAGGUGUUGUUCAAUCUGGGUCACAGAUGUUCUCCGCACAGCUUGGAGGUGACACAGAAAGCUGGGGCUUCGGACCAGAAGGCCUGUGGCAUGCAGGCGAGCUGGUGCAGCCGAGGACUGGGCCAGGACCUGCAGUUCUCGGAGCAUUGCUGAACUUGGACGAUGGGUGGCUCAAGUUCGUGGUUGAUGGAGCUGGCGCAGAGCAAGCUGCUAUCGACACUCAGAGAGGAUGGCUGCCUGCAUGGAGCUUCACAGGCACGGUGGGAAUCCGAUUGGACGGGCGUUUCGCUUACGAUCCACCUCCAGGGUUCUUGCCAAUUCGCAGAGCAGCCUUCCGGGAGUCACCUCAGGUGGUUGCAAAUGUUGUGGGAAUCCUCUUGUCUGACAGCCAAAGCGAGCUAGCCGAUCGUGUCACCCCCGCGCUUCAGCUUUCGCAAGCAAUGGCAACAAGUGUCAUCAUCAGAGACGUUGAGGGAUAUGUGGCGCCAGCUGCAUCAGCGGCCCCACGAGACCAGUCGAUGAAUUCUUCUGGCGAGUAUUACAUGCUGCUUUCUAGCGGCGAGCAUGAGCAGAAGAACACACCUGCAAGUGGGCCCACCUUAGAGGACAAGCUAGCAGCCUACAAGGCCCGCAAAGAGAGGUUAAAGCAGCAAAAGCAGCAAAAGGCCUCCAGGGCAACCGAGAAGAGACAAAUGUUUGAUCGCGAGAUGGGAAAGACCUAUACCGAGCAGCAGGCUAUUGAGGAGCUCUUGCAUGAUUCUCCAACGAAGGCUUUCGCCAGAACUGCAGACACAAGCUGGGGUCCUGCUGUGGAGCGCUACCUGUCAAGUACCUCAGAGAGCUCUCAAACUUCCGCAGCGUCAGUGAACUCUGGGCGGAUAGUUCAUGAGCAGGUAGCCAGGGUCUACUCCGGUCGCAAGUUAGACGAGGACAGGCAGGUCAAUGAUGACCAUUGUGAAGAGCCACAAGUCCGCCGCAUGUGGUCGCUUGAUGAUGCAGCGAGCCAGCAGCGGCCGCCACUGCAGCAGCCUCAGGGCAGGUCGCGCUUGCUUGUCAGCUUGUAG